UAUGGUCCUGUCAGGGCGCCGGCGUCGUGGUUUCUGGGCGGUCGCCACCGAGAGCACUGUGGUGGGGUACCUUCAGGGGCAGCCUCGCAGGCAGCUGCGCUUGUCUCCGGCCUCGCCCUCAGCCUGCGGCUCUCGGCUCGCGGGCCGCACCGUAGGGCGCGCGGGCCGGUCGGCGCCGCGGCCGCCUUGGGGCCUGGGCCCAGCUGCAGCCUCCUCCUCCGCCGCGGGCUCGGAGGGGCCGCAAGAUGCAGCCGCCGGGCCCGCCCCCGGCGUAUUCCCCCGCUAACGGGGACUUCACCUUUGUCUCCUCAGCGGACGCGGAAGAUCUCAGUGGUUCAAUAGCAUCCCCAGAUGUCAAGUUAAACCUUGGUGGAGAUUUUAUCAAAGAAUCUACAGCUACUACAUUUCUGAGACAAAGAGGAUAUGGCUGGCUUUUGGAAGUUGAAGAUGAUGACCCUGAAGAUAACAAGCCACUCUUGGAAGAAUUGGAUAUCGACCUAAAGGAUAUUUACUACAAAAUUCGAUGUGUUUUGAUGCCAAUGCCAUCACUUGGUUUUAAUAGACAAGUGGUGAGAGACAAUCCUGACUUUUGGGGGCCUCUGGCUGUUGUUCUUUUCUUUUCCAUGAUAUCAUUAUAUGGACAGUUUAGGGUGGUCUCAUGGAUUAUAACCAUUUGGAUAUUUGGUUCACUAACAAUUUUCUUACUGGCCAGAGUUCUUGGUGGAGAAGUUGCAUAUGGCCAAGUUCUUGGAGUUAUAGGAUAUUCAUUACUUCCUCUCAUUGUAAUAGCCCCUGUUCUUUUGGUGGUUGGAUCAUUUGAAGUGGUGUCUACACUUAUAAAACUCUUUGGUGUGUUUUGGGCUGCCUACAGUGCUGCUUCAUUGUUAGUGGGUGAAGAAUUCAAGACCAAAAAGCCUCUCCUGAUUUAUCCAAUCUUUUUAUUAUACAUUUAUUUUUUGUCCUUAUAUACUGGGGUGUGAUCUAAGUCAUAUAUGAGUAGGAAAAGAUAAUGUUACAUUUCUGUGUAGGCUGGGAAUUCUUGCUUGGGGGAUUGAAAAAAACCUGUUGCUGGUAAAAUUGUACAUGUUCCAGAUGCAAAGGCGGUUUAAGGUCUUUUUAAAACAAUUUUUUUUUGUAUUUAAUUAAGCAGUUACAGUUAUCUUAAUAUUUUUGGUCAGAAUUCUGAAUUCUGUUUGAUUCUUCAUAUUCCAGUGAAUAAAAUAUAAAAGCAUUGUGUUUUUAAGAUUGUGUCAAUAUUCACCUAAAAACUUGUGCCAAAAGCACCUAGAAUGGUAAUUAUAUUUCACUUGAAGGGUAAAUAAGACAACAUCCUGAUAAUCUAAAAGUGCAAUUUUUUUCUUUAAAGGGUUUUCUCCUGCAUUGCAGAUCCUGUAGAUAUAUAUUUAUAUUUAUAUAUAUAUAUUUAUGAAGUAAUUCUUAUUAUUCACAAAAUAUAUUUCUGAAUAGCCUAAAAAUUAAGAUAUUUUAAAUCUGAUGCUUAAACUUUCUUUAAUUUGGCCAUUAAUCUUUUUAUUUAUAAAUUUAAUUUUGCUUUUAAAUUAUAUAUAACUUUUAAAAUCUCAUACAUGCAUCAGUUAGUAUAUCCUUGUUAAGAAUUCUUAAUAAUAACAACUAAAAUCAAUUAUUACAGUUGCUGAUAUAGAUUUGGUUUGUUUGGGUGUGCUUCUAAGAACCACUUUUGAAUGUCUAAACAACUGAUUUAAAGUUUCUGUUUAUCUUUCUGACCAAAAGAGCAAGAGGUGUGAUGGAUAUGGCAUUCAUUACCAUUGUCAAUAUGUAGAAGAACAGUAAUAUUUAUAGCAUCAGUAAAUAUUUUUAAGUGGUACUCCUAAGUCAUAAACGUUGCUGGAAAGAGACCAUUAGAGUCUUGUGGUCCUGAACAAUGUUAUAUGAAGUAGAAAAAAAUAAAAUGCUUCCCAGCUGUGUUUUGUUUUAUAACACCUUGUCCUAUAUUACUUGAUAUUUUAAUAAGUAUCAGGUACUCCUUAAGAAGCGUACAAUAUUUGCUAAGGGAAAUAUUAAGAAAUUUUAACUAGUGAAAUUUUUUUGGCAAGUUAUUUCAUAGACUGUAGAUAUACCUUUAUUUAAUAUUAGUUUGUAAAGUAGGUAAAAUAUUUUAUAUUGAUAAAAUAGCAAAUGCCUGAUAACUAUUAGCAAAUUAUUAUAUUAUCCUUUCUGGUCUCAACUGGAAGAGUGAACUGCUGUCUUCAAUGUGAUAACGUGGCCACCUCUUGGUAUGUAUUCCUUUAAUGACCUGAUCUGUCAGGAAAUAUCCAGCAACUCUGAAAUAAGCCUACAAAUUAGCAAAAUAUCAAGCCCGUUUCUAUUCCUUUUCCUCCUCUCCUACCACCUGAAAAAGAAAGAAAAAAAAAAAAAAAAGCUUAUUUUAAGCUGCAGGAAAAGUGUGGAGUUACCUUUGGGCCAGAAUAAUGUGGAAAAAUUGCAUAAUACUGAUUAUUUAAAGAAGCUUAGGAAAGCUCAUGGGCAGCAGCAACGAAGACCCAACACAGCCAAUGAAUAAAUAAAUUUAUUAAAAAAAAAAAAGGAAAACAGCUUAGAAGCAACAGAGGGAUAGAACCUCUAGAACCUAAAAUAAUGUGAAAUAGUAAGGAAGGAGCUACAGCUACAGAAGCAGCAACUGUAAAAUAAACAUUUGUCAUACUUCAGGAGGUUCUGAGGUCAGUACUUUGUUAUAGCAGAUUUGAUGGUCAUUGUGUUGACCCUGGAAUCUUCCUCAAAAAGCUUGGGCGUCCAUACCAGGCAGUAGAAUUUUACUAAGCAAUAAGUCAAGGCAUUUUAGGACCAGCUCCAUCAAAAGAUGGUUUAAAUUUUUUUUAAGCUAUCAUUUCUUUAACGUGAAUGAAAAUUUCACUUAUAUGAAUCAUGUUUAUACCUGAUGAUGUAAGAUAAAAUAAGGUAUUCGUGUUCUAAAAAAGUAUUUAAAAAUAACAGCAUUUAAUCUUGGGACCUGUCCAAUUUAGGGUGUAUAUAAACACAAUUUAUGUUUCAAGCUCCGCCAGUGUCUUCAUGUGCUAUUGAGCAAAGCAGUUAAAACAGAUUGUCAGUUUGAAAAGAUGAUUUGUAAGUGUGUACAAGAUAUGUACUGCUACAGCUAAUAAUGGUAAGCUGACCAUAAUGUCCUCUCCUUGAAUUUAUAUAUAAUAUUUUGUCAUAUUGAUUUUAAAUCAUGAUUUCCAGCCCAGAUAUUAGUUCAUUAGUAUUUUUAAAACAGUGUAACCCAGACAGUCUCUUCUAUUUGUGUGUGUGUAUACAUGUUUCGGUUGUAGUAAUCCUGAUGAAUGUUAAUCCUCAAAAAAAAAAAAAGAAUUAUGAGACAUAUUUACUUCUGUUUUAAAUUGAUUAUAAAAUAAUUGAAAUUUUCAUUAUAAAUCAGUCUAUAUAUAAUUUUCUUUGUAUUAAAAUACAGUUUAGGAAGAUUUGUAAAAUUUUAUGAGCUGUUAUUAAACUUGCUAAUUUCUAAGGUCUGUAAGAGUUUUACAUAUAUAUCUAUUUCCAAAAAUUUCCCAAAUAUUAAUAUAUUAAUAUUUCUAAAUUAGUGAAAAUUUGCAUUGACUUAAAAUAUGAGGUGGGUAUUUUUGUUUAACUAUUGUUUAAAAUUUAGUUCAUUAAAAAAAUUCUGAUGUAAUAAAACAUUGAAUAAAAUAAUGCUUCUACAAACUAAUAAAAACAGAAUAUUUUCAUUUUCAACAAAAUUGAAUAUUUUAAGAUGAUUGCUAUUUAUCUUUUACUUUUCAGUAGUACAUAUUUUAGCUAGUGUUAGGCUUUAGGAAAUUGUAAUACGUUUGUUAAGUUUUGUUAAAAUGUUUUACUUCCGUACAAUUAUUUUCAGUAAUUGAACAAAUUGGGUUUCUUGUUUUGUUCUUUGAAGCAAAGGAGAACAACACACAUCAUUGGGAACCUCUAUUACAGGAUUUAGGCUUGUGUUAAUACAGUUCCUGGCACUCUGAAAUGUCUUAGUAGAGCCAGAAAUCACCCUCAGAUACUCUUUUCUCUGAUAUUUUAGUCACAUAAACAAAAUAAGUGUUUUAUUAUCCUCUUUCAUAAAAGGUUUCUUUAAUUGAACCCCUUGUAUUACAUCUUACCUAGUAGCAAAUUUUAAUUUCCCUUUAGAAACUGAGUUACGAGUGCUCUAUUCCUCAUUUGCAUAAUCUCUUGACAGUAGUUUGUGUGUUUGAGAAUCUGUUGACACUUUUUAAAUAAAUUCCAAAAUACGAUUUUUGACAUCAGUAAA